UUCUUCAAGUACAGCAACUUGCUUACCUGCGAAGCGCCGGCGCGCCGAAAUCCCGGCAUCACAGAUUCACAGGCAAAAUGGCGUUGAGACAGUGUAGCCGGGCCCUGAGUAACUUCAGAUUUCUGCAGUGUUUAAGCGAAGCACGGUUUUCGAGUUCGCAGUCCGGCGAAUGGGGCAGUGGCUCUGGAAAGGGCGGUGGCGGUGGUGGCAGCGUCCGUGAAGCUGGCGGAGCUUUUGGCAAGAUGGAGGCGGCUCGGGAGGAAGAGUACUUCCGCAAACUGCAAGCUCACCAAAUUGAGGUGCUGAAGGAGCACAUUGAAGAUGAAAUCAAGCAACACGAGAAACUUAUCAAGCAGCACCAGGAUGAGAUUGACAGGCACAAGAAGAAAAUUCGUGACCUCAAGGAACACUAAGCUGGAAGUUUCGAAACGGAGCCAGAGUCCCUGCUUAUUCCAUUUUUGUUAAAUUUUUUUUUCUCUCCUGUUACAUGCUGUAUGAGUGGAACAACGAGCAAGCCCCAGUGAGCAGUGUUUUUGUAGCUAGGGUGAAUUAAAGAAGUUGCAAGGUUGCA